CUUCUGGCGUAGCUCAUGGCGUUCGGGCUGUUGGUCGGCGAGGCCUUGGUGGCGGGAGGCAUCCUCGCGGCCUCGUUUGUGCCAGAGAAGACGUGGCGGAGGCUGAAGGAGAGGCUGGGCCUCUUGUGGCGGGGUAUGCGCUCACUCACGUUCGUCCACAGGGCAGGGCGUGGCCGCAUGUGUCCUCGCUUGCUUGUACGGACCUAUGUAUGUGUGAUUGUUUGAUGCCCCCCCCCCCCAUUCAGGCCUGCCCGAGAAGGUGGACAAGGAGGUCCAGUGCCCUGACGUCGCACGACGUCAUUCCUUCCCAUCGUCUCGGGGGAGCCCCGCUGGACAGGUCGGGGCGGCUCCGGCGGCGAUGCAAGACGGAAACACCCAGACAGGUGGGCGAGCGAGUGGGUGGUAUUCUCAAGCCGAGUGAACACACGGACUCCCACAUGUGGUUGGUGUCCAUGUGUGUGUGCUUUAUAAUACAGAGGGAGAUGCCGUCGUGUCUGGCCACCAAGGAGUGUCAGCCGCCGAUAAGAAGAAGCGGGUCGCGCACCUCAUGAUUCAAAGGCUGAGGCAGGUCAGUCCGUGGUUGCACCCAUGAAAAAUACAGUUACCGAAUAAAUGCGGAGUAUCUGUGUGGCUGCCUUUCUCUGCCUGUGUCAGGAGGUGCGAGACGUCAGCAAUUCUGUCGGUGUGUCGCGUCCCCGGCCAUCCCCAGCCCCUGAGCACCAGGAGCAACACCCGGAGAGUUGCGGACCCCUCAGCCCAGCAGGUGAGCCACCGACCGAGACUUAAACCCAAUCAUUGUUAUGCUGGUGGCAUCCAUGUGUUGCUGCAGGCUCAGACACCAGCAGUGAUCAAGGGCCUUUGGCUCUCGUACAACCCCCGCCCACUCGGCCUCUCGCCACCACACUCUCAUCAGCGUUUCGCGGCAAGUUUGCUGCUACCGCGGGUCCCCCUGCACUCAUGUCGCCCCUGCGCGGCGGCGUCACGCCUACCGGCCAUCGUGCUGCUCACAUGGAGACGGCGCACCAGCGGCAAGCCCAGCCGAAGAUCCUACGUCCAACACGAGCAGCGGCGGCUGGCAGUGGAGAUUCUGGGACGUCUGUGUUGCCGCUGCGACGGGGGUGGGAUGCAGGGGGGAUGAGGACACCCAGCAGUGGGGGGAGUGAGCAUGGCACGUAUCUGCCGCCACCACUGAUCCCAGCGGAAAAGAUGAUGCCGAGUGGCCACAGUGCUGAUCCCUACAGCAAGCUUCACGUCCAGCCGGAGAUGGCGGCAGCCGCGGCGGCCAGCAGUGGGGACACGUUCAGGCCCUCCUUCGCGCCAAGACGUGGGUGGGACGGAGGGGGGCUGAGGACGCCCAGCAGCGGGGGUGCAUCCGAGUUUGAGGCCGAUGAUGGAGGUAGGUAGGAUGGAUACACAAUGAGGGGGCGGGGAGGGGUACGUACAUACCGCUUCUCUUCUCGUUUGUGUGUGUAUGCUGGCAGGCACGCGUGGUGGUGCGGCUGGGGCUGACAGCCUCGGGCUGGGGGUUGGUGGGCUGCCACCCUGGAUUCAUCCACAGCAGUAUCGCCCACCGCAGCCCUUCCUCGGCCGCAUCGUCCACCGCGGUGUCAGCUCAGGCUUCGACUUACAGCGAGUGUUUUUCGGACAUCCUCCCAGGACCACCAGCAGCAGGAAGAGUGGCGGCGGGGGCAACGAGCCGACUCUCGCCAGUCAGCCUGAGGAGUAUGCAGCAGCGGCCGCGAGUGGGGCGGGAAGGCGAUUCCGCAUCGACAGCGGUGAGUGAGUCACUCGUGAAGAAAGAUGGGAGGUAUGAAUGUACAUUGAUUGUGUGUUGUGUCGUGUUGUGUGUGGCGCCUCAGGUGAGGGUCGUCAACACAGCAGCAGCAGCGGUCAAGGCAGCGUGCUCGGCAGCCACGAGCUGAGCUCUCGUGAGAGCGGGCCACAGCCAAGUCGGGGGCCCUUACGAUCUCCACUGGGCGUCCAGCUGAUCGAUGACGACGGAGACAGUCACAGCGGUGAGUGAGUCACUCAGCCACAACGGGGUCAGUCAGAUGGGGGGAGAGAGAUGCCGCCAGUCGCAGGUCAUGGUAUGACACUUCAGGCGGCCCCACCGUGUCUGAUGACGACAGCGAUGGCGGAGAGGUCAUGAUAUGGAAGAGGCCAGAGGUUGACGCCAGACAUUCGGAGCGGCAGCAGCAGGAGGAAAGCGAUGACAGCAACACGAGCGUCAUCCCGCAGGCCAGCCAGCAGCAGCAGACAGUUGGUGUGGGAACGGCCGUGGGGCAAGCUGGGGAUGAUGCGAGGGUGCGACGUGAGAGGGUUGUCCCAAGAAGGGGGUCCGGGUGAGGGAGGGAGGGAUGGGGAGCUUCGCUGAUUCUCAAGAAAGAGACUUUCCUUUGGGGGUUGGUGGGAUCAGUGCUGGCUGUGACUUGCUGCUGGACUGUGGUGCUGUGUAUGUCCUAUUUUCAGCUGACCUAAGUGAGUGCAGUGGUGUUAGCAUGUGACCUGACUGUUGCUGAGGAAGAACAUUGGGCGCAGUGAGGGCUACAUGGACGCUGUGCAUGCACCUGUCUCUUAUAAGGAGCGGGUGUGUGCGACGGGUGGGUGUCUGGCUGCGAUUGAGACAUUGCUUGCAAGGGAUGGGGGACUGAGGACUUGAUGGUAUGUGGGAUAGACAUGUCAGGUGCCUGUACGUACGUUGGUUCAGUAAGGCUGGCUACUGGAAUCCCAUGGAUUUGUCCCGUCUCAGUCAAAAAUCCGCAUGAGAUGAC